AUCACCCAGAUAAAAUCACCUAUGGAAAACCAGAAUAAAAGCACCAGAUUUAUUUUUUUGGGAUUUUCUGGUAAUCUGGAAAUGCAUGUAUUGCUUUUUAUAUUGUUUUUAACCAUGUAUGUCAUGUCAUUGUUGGGGAAUGCAUUAAUAAGCAUUGUCAUCAGACUUGAUCCUUCUCUUCACAUGCCAAUGUGCUAUUUCAUUGCCAGUCUAUCUCUGGUGGAUAUUUGCUAUACAUCUGUCACUGCCCCUAAAAUGUUAGUAAACUUCCUUUCAGAGGACAAAUCUAUCUCCUUUGUUGGAUGUGCUGCCCAGCUAUAUUUCCUUCUCUCACUAGGAACUACAGAGUGCUUUCUUCUUGCGGCCAUGGCUUAUGAUCGCUUCUUAGCCAUCUGUAAUCCAUUGCGCUAUCCUUUAAUCAUGAACAAACAGCUUUGUGCAUGUCUGGUGGCUGGAUCAUGGGCUAGUGGGAUUUUGCUUUCACUAGGCCAAACAACUCUGAUAUUUUCUUUGCCUUUUUGUGAUGAACAUUGGAUCAACUAUUUCUUUUGUGACAUCCCACCACUCUUGAAGCUAGCCUGUGGAGAUACCUAUCUAAAUGAAAUCACAGUCUUUAUGGCUGGGCUGCUAAUCACUCUGAUCCCAUUAUUGCUAAUCCUGUUCUCCUAUGUCCACAUAAUCAACACUGUGCUGAAAAUUGCAUCUGCAAAGGAGAGGCAGAAAGUUUUUUCCACCUGUUCCUCACACAUUAUUGUCAUCACUUUGUUCUAUGGAUCUGCUAGUGCAAUGUACCUGCGGCCCAGAUCUACCUAUGCUUUUGAAACAGAUAAAUUUCUAGCUCUGCUUUAUUCCAUUGUAACACCAACUUUGAAUCCUAUUAUUUAUAGUUGGAGAAACAAAGAGAUAAAUGAAGCUCUCAAGAGAAGAUUUGCUUCAAAAUUGUCCCCUUAUAGAAGGUGA